GCGGGGAUUAAGCAAAUGGCGACGGAACGCACGGGCUCAUCCCCAAGCUCCCCCAUGGUCCGGCUGAAUGCUAGAAAAAGGAGCGACUCGGCAGGAAGGUGCAUCAUUCGACAGCCGGCCAGCUCCAAGACGCACAUCUCUCCGCUGAACAAAUCCGUCAGAAGGAGAAGACAAUCUUUGUGGGACCACGCGCACCUGUUUACUCUUCGUUCAAACAUCUCUAAGAAAUCAUCAGCCAUGAAGGCAAUUGCUUGUUUUCUCGUCGCCUUGGCCAUUUCCUCUGCGGCUGCCCAGCAAUUGAAACCGACACAGGCCGAUCCGUGCCAGGCAAAGGGCAAAAUGGUGGCUGAUGUUACCUACUGCGAUCGUUACUGGGAGUGUAUCGAUGGUGUUGCCGAGCAGUUUGACUGCCCCAAUGGCCUGGUUUUCGCCGGACGUGCACGCGGUCUUCUCGAAAACUGUGACUACCCUUGGAGGGGUGAUUCUUGCGAGGGCAAACAGCUGGCCAACACGCCUAUUAGCGUGGGACCUUGCGACUGGAAGUACGGUAUCUUCGGACACGAAUCCUCAUGCAUCCGUUACUGGACCUGCUGGAACUCGACAGCCACUGAACAGUUCUGUAUCGGUGGUCUGCUCUACAAUGAAGAGAAACACGCUUGCGAUUGGCCCGAAGCUGUCGAGGGCUGCCAGAAACAUCCUUUGUGCAAGGAUGACGCCAAUGGCAACGUUCCACUAGGCAAGUCUUGCAACCGUUACUGGGCCUGCCAGGGGGGCUACCCUCGUCUUCAGCGCUGCCCGGCCACGUUGGUCUUCGACAAGCGCUCCCUCCGUUGCACCAACCCACCGACCGAGGAUUGCGAGGCUCCUCCACCACCACCUCCCGAGGAUGACCCCAAUGCUCCCGCUGGUCCCGCCUUCGUCGAAGAGGAAGAGCCCGCUGCUCCUGCACCUUUGGUUUAAUAAAAAGCUGAAGUAAGGAAUCAAAAAUUAUAUAUACACCAACCACACGCAGAAUAAGAAAGAAAAAAGAAAGGAACGUACCAACACCUCAUUCAUCUUUGUAUUAAUCAUCUUGAUUUGUUUCUUCUUUCUAUGCUAUUUAGAAUUUUAUCUUUUCCUCUUCUACUAUAUCUUUAAAGCAAAAAGAAAAAAAAAAAAGAAAAAUAUUUGUACGAUUUUCAGCUCCGAAUGGCCAAUCAGCAACGAGCAACUCAAUUUCCAUUUCGUUUGAUUCCAAACUUUUUCCCCUCAUUCCGCUACACACCCAUUUAUCUUUCCCCUUCAGUUUUGUUGGCCGCGUUCAUUUGCGAACAAAAACAGAAAAUUAUUCAUUUUUCGGCAAAAUUUCUGCAGAUUGAUUCUGCAGGAACUCGUAAUUUGAAAAUGGUAACCGGUCGCUACAGCCCCACGUAAUCAUUUUUCCUCUUCCAUCUUUCGCCCUGCUCAUUUUCUUUGUGUUUCUCGCAAACUUUUACCGUGUCAUCAAUUGUUUAUCUGAUCAUUGAGCGUAAGUGUACGUGAUCCAGGUCCUUUUGUUACAUCGUUUCUUACCCGUUCCCCCCCUCCCCCUUUUUUUUUUUUUUUACAACUCAGUUGACCUACCCACACAGCCCAACUUUUCUUUCUGCUCUUAUUCCAAUUACCAGCGCUCCGUCCAUGCAAAGUUGCACGCGAAGUGAAAAACAGAUGAUCAGCGCGUGCACUUUACGUGCGAAAAUGAGGAAAAGAACUGUACCAUUCUUUGCUGUUGUAAAUAAAAAAAUCAAAUACAAGAAAUUCGAAAAGUU